CGAAGGGCGGGGCCGGCAGGGAGCUCUGCCCAAUGAGAGUGGCAGCGCAGAGGCCCCGCCCCCUCCGCGCGGGGCCGGGCGGAGGCGGAGCCUGGCGGGGCAGCGGGGGUCGCGCGCGCGGGGCGACUUCGGUUCAACUUUGUGAUGUCUUCCCCUGAAAUAGCUUCCCUUUCUUGGGGUCAGAUGAAGGUGAAGGGCUGCUCUACAACAUACAAGGACUGCAAAGUGUGGCCGGGAGGAAGCCGCACGUGGGAUUGGCGAGAAACCGGGACUAAUCAUUCUCCAGGAGUGCAGCCAGCUGACCUUGAAGAAGUCGUCAAGAAGGGAGUUGAAACCGUGGUGAUUGGUCGUGGCAUGAGCGAGGCUUUGCAGCAUCCACUGUGGACUAUCUGCAGAAGAGCGGGGUUGACGUGCUGGUGCUGCAGACGGAGAAGGCCGUGGCGGAGUACAACGCCCUGGCUGCGCGGGGGGUCAGGGUGGGCGGCCUCUUCCACUCCACCUGCUGAAGCGCGCCCGCCCCGCCUCCCGCAGCCGGGGCACGGACACACCUCUGCCGGAUCCCAUCGCACUCGGCAGAGCGUGAACUGCCUGCCAAGGCAUCGGUGCACGGACAAUCUAAAAUGCAAGGACAGUUGAUCACUUCAGGAUUUAAACAAAAUCGAGAGCUCUCAAAAGGCGGGGCUGUUAAUGUAAUUGAAUUGUUUCAUUACAGAAUCGUUUCCAUGUA